AUGCCAUUUGGACUGACUAAUACACCGGUAGCUUUCAUGGAUCUAAUGAACCGAGUGUUCCAGCCCUACCUAGAUCAGUUUGUAGUGGUGUUCAUCCAUGACAUAUUGAAGGGUAAGGUGGUAGCAUAUGCGUCUCGUCAGAUUAAGACACAUGAGGCAAACUACCCAACGUAUGACUUGGAACUGGCCACCAAAAAUCUGGAGGCACUAUCUGUACGGCAGCGUAGAUGGAUUAAGCUGCUUGAGGACUAUGACUGUUCUAUUGAGUACCAUCCUAGCAAGGCUAAUAUGAUGGCCGAUGCACCGAGUCGUAAGACGAUGAUAGAUCUGAGAGCGAUGUUCAUUCGACUUAGCUUGUUCAACAAUGGGAGUUUGUUGGCUGAGCUACAAGUCAAACCAACUUGGAUUGAGCAGAUUAAGGGUAAACAACUGGAGGAUGAGUCUUUGGGUCUUCGGUUCCAACAGAUUGAGGGUGGUAGCACUACGGACUUUGGGUUAAACUCUGAGGGUGUGUUGUGUUUUGGAGGCCGGAUAUGUGAGCCAAAUGAUUCUGAAUUGAGACAAUCUAUACUGAGAGAGGCACAUAGUAGCCCUUACGAUAUGCACCCUAGUGGGAAUAAGAUGUACCGAUAUCUUCAAGUGUUGUAUUAG